AUAAUUAAUACGUGUGAAAUGUGAAUAGUAUAUUAUACUAUUUUUAUUUUAUGUAUAUAAAUGCACAUUAAUACGCCAUUUAAUCAUUAUAUUUCCACCACCUAUUAUAACUAAAUAAUAUACACUUGCAGUCUACGUAUAAACUGCAGUCACGGUAUAAUUGGUCAUAAAAAAAAAAAAAAAAUAUAGUAAUAUAUAAAGGUUAUGCACGGUGCAGAAUAAAACGCGGGGGCGUUUUGUAGACCGCAUCAAUGUUACCUAUAGCGGUAUGCGCCAGGACCCAUACUCGGACCAUUCUCUUUAUAUGCGCGAGUUCAAGAUGAUCUAAUAAUCACCUUGACAUUUGGCAUCAAGUGCACUUCUUGCUUUAUCAUUUCCCCAGUAGGUAGGUACAUAUAGAUUAUACCAAACGUGUAAUUUUCUGUGAGCCCGACGCCCAGACAUGGAUUCAUUAAAACAAAACCAUUUGGACUGACACCGCUUCGAUAUAGUUUUGAAUUGGCAGCCGACAAUCAAUGAAGCCCUAAUUUAACUUUUGGCGAGAAGAUGAAGAUCGUCCUGCAGAUCAUUUUUUCAUUUGUCAUUUUAUGGCCAACAACACUUUCUCAAAAUUACUACGUUCCAAUUCAAGAAAAUGAGUUGGCUUACGAAUUUCAUUACAGUAUCAAUGACUUGCUCUCAGGCGUUGUAACACAUCGCUGGGAAUCUAAGUACGGUGAUUACGUAAGAGGAUCGUACAGCUUUCUAGAGCCUAAUGGUAUGAUAAGAAAUGUGAACUACGAAGUCGAUGGAAAACGUGGCUACAGAGCAAUAACGACAUUUUUGAAACCACAACAAAUGCCUAAAUUCAACGCAUUGCAAUCUUCCGAAGUGCCAACUAAUUAAAUAUCCACGUUUAUACAUUUAUGCAUUAUAUAAAGUACAUAUAGGUACCUAGGUUUAUUUGUAUCAGUUUUAUCAAAGUAAACCAAUUAUUAACGUUUUUUCUUCAAUUAUAUUAUAUUAUGAUGGUUAGUUGUUAAUAAUUAAUAAUAAACUAUGAUAUGAAUGUAAGGUUUGAAUGAAAGUUUUAUAUUCAUUGCAAGUAUAUAGGUAUCUAUUAUAACACUGAAUAAUUUAAAUAAUAUUUUAAAACAAAUACAUUGUAGUAUUGUAUAAUAUAAUAUUAUAAUAGUUUCGUACGCAAUAUUGUAAUAACUAUUUCUAUACGACUAUACCUGCAGCUAUUAUAUACCUAUAUACCUAUACACUAUACACAUUUUACACAUAUUUUAUCACCACAGCGUGUUACAAAUAGUUAUAGGUAACUAAAAUACACUAGUCUAUGUAGAAAUAAAAUACGGACAAUGCUUCAUUAUGGUUGCCAAGGUGACAUUUUUUGAUUAUUGCAUCAAUAACUACAAUAAAAUUUUAAGUUGCAGCCUGUAUAUAAAGCGCAUACGUGUAGGUAUAACUAAAACCUUGUGAUUGUAAACGUUUAUACUCGAUUGGUUAAUUGUACCUAAGUACUAUUAAUACCCAAAUAACAUAAAAAAAAUUUUAAAUAUGGAAGAACUAAAAGACAAAAGUUUACAUUUAACCGCUGAAAAACUAGCUGAAGAUCUUCAAAAAAUGGAUAUUUAUAAUAAAUUUUAUGAAGAUUUACAGGUAAUAUAUUAUAAUACCUAUAUUAUAUUUAUGCACCUAAUUUUUAAGAAUGUAUGCUAAAAUAUUAAUCACAAUUUAUUUAUUUUGAAAUGUUAACAAUAAUGA